CCAGGUGGCCGUCGGGUGAGUAGUCCGUGCUGCACACAGCUGGGACAGUGUUUGAAUUGACAGCAGGUUUAGUGUGACAUAUCUGUGGAAACAUGUUGUAAAAAUGGAUGAAAAGGUCGGAGCUUCAGAGGAGAGGAUCGACUGGGGCGGAAGUGGAGCAGAAGAGGGGAAAAUUGCGCACCAGAUCCAAAGCUUGUUAAAGAAUAUACACUCUGGUCUUCCUAACCCACCCUCGGAUCCUGUGAAGUGCUCCCAGAUUAAAGGAGACUAUCUGUACUUCCACUACGGCUGUGAUGGUUGUGAUGACAGAGGUUGGGGAUGUGGUUAUCGCACCAUCCAAACUAUGGCCUCCUGGCUUUGCCUCAGCCGGACCCAGCGCAGGCCUGCACCAAGCCUCCCAGAGAUCCAGCAAGCCCUGGUUACCAUGGGGGACAAGCCGGGCUCCUUCUCAGGCUCCAGGGAGUGGAUCGGCACAUUUGAAGCCUCCCUGGUUCUGGACUAUUUCUACGACGUCCCCUGUAAGCUGGUGCAUGUGAGAGGCGGAGGAGUGGAGCUGGAGAAGGUAGCUGUGGAGGAGCUCCAUCAGCACUUUGAGAAGCAUGGAUCUCCAGUCAUGAUGGGAGGGGACAGGGACAACUCCUCUAAAGGGAUAUUAGGGGUGUGGACCGGGGAGAAGGGGAGCUACCUGCUCGUUGUCGACCCUCACUACUAUGGAUGUGAGCUGGAGAGGUCGGAGCUGCAGAGGAGAGGGUGGGUGGCGUGGAAGCGAGUUUCAUCUCUGGAUCAGUCUUCGUUUUAUAAUCUGUGUAUGCCUCAGACUGCUACAAAGGGAAUAUAGUAGGUCGAUUUCUAUAUAAGGUCUCCUAAAUUAUUAUUAUUUGUAUCGAUGAAUGAGAAGAAAUUGUGGAAAGUGUCUAUGAAGCUUUGUUUUAUUUAGCUGCAGUGCCAUCCUGUGGUUAAACUUAUAUUAAAAACAGAAUAAUUGAA